UUUCGCAUUUCCUGCACCAGAAAGAGAGAGAGCGCGAGAGAGAGACGGAGACACACAGCGGUGUCGGGAGGCUGUGUCCACGGGAAGUUAAGCUCAAACAGCUGCACUGGACUGACACCAGGCCGUGCACCAAGCAGCAGGAGCCUGUUUUGACACAUCCACCCACCGCCCCCCUUCUCUCCGCCCCUGCUGCGGUCGUUACCGGCCGCUGUCUGGUUCGCAGCUCUCCGGCUCGAACAUCUCCAGUGCGCCGCGGCGGCUGGCAGCAGGUAUUUGGAGCCUCCCACCCUCCGCACGGUGCAAUGCAACGCAGGCCAGUGCUUCCAGGGAGCCCCGCUGCAGCUAACAGAGCUUUUUAAUACCUCGAAGGUAAACACCAUGACAGAGCGACUCACACAUCUGGGGCCUCUGCUCGUAUGUGCGCCGUAGCUAUUCACGUUUCUUCCGUGCACUUCUGAGGAAGGCUUCCCGGGCUAACGGUCGCUUUUCCGCCACUGAAGUUCAGUUUCUGGGGGGAAAUUUUGUAGCAUAAUCGACAAGUGCAGACGUUUCGAGACACGACAGCAGUCCCGGUGUGCUUGGUGACUGCACUCUCUCCUUCAUAUCGGAGUGGAAGGAACACGCUCUGCCCGGAGGACCACCGGUUGAACGGAGCCGUUAUUCAAAGCGCUAAAGCACGGGCAGUGUGUUGAUUUGGGGGUGUUUGAGGAGAAAGGUGUCCUGUGGUUUUACUGGAAACACGUUUCAUCGCCAUGGUGGUCUUCAACGGGCAGCUGAAGAUCAGGAUCCGCGAGGCUCUGGACCUCAAACCCACAGCUUGGUCCCUGCGUCACGCCGUCGGUCCCAAGACUCAGACCUUCCUCCUGGACACGUACAUCGCCCUUAACGUGGACGACUCUCGCGUGGGCCAGACGUCCACCAAGCAGAAGACCAACAGCCCCACGUGGAACGACGAGUUCAUCACGGAGGUCCACGACGGCCGCAAGAUAGAGCUAUCAGUCUUCCACGACGCACCCAUUGGCUACGACGACUUCGUGGCCAACUGCAUCAUCCAAUUCGAGGACAUCCUGCAGAACAGCAGCAAGCACUUUGAGGACUGGAUUGACCUGGAGCCAGAGGGCAAGGUGUAUGUUGUUAUUGACCUAUCAGGAUCUUCCAGUGAAGCGGCGGCAGGCUCUACCGAAAAUGAGGAGCGUGUGUUUCGACAGCGGAUGCGUCCCAGGAAGCGUCAAGGUGCCGUCCGUCGGAGAGUCCACCAAGUCAACGGACACAAGUUCAUGGCCACCUACCUGAGACAGCCCACGUACUGCUCGCACUGCAGGGACUUUAUCUGGGGGGUUUUAGGAAAGCAGGGCUAUCAGUGUCAAGUGUGUACCUGUGUUGUCCACAAGCGCUGCCAUGAGCUGAUCAUUACCAAAUGUGCCGGCAUGAAGAAGCAGGAUGACAUGGUCGGGGAGGUGGGGUCUCAGAGGUUCAGCGUCAACGUCCCGCACAAGUUCAGCAUCCACAACUUUAAAGUUCUCACCUUCUGUGACCACUGUGGGUCUCUGCUGUGGGGUCUGAUGCGACAGGGACUCCAGUGUAAAGUAUGUAAGGUAAAUGUACACAGACGCUGUGAGAGUAACGUAGCUCCAAACUGUGGCGUUGAUGCCAGAGGGAUCGCUAAAGUCCUGUCUGACCUCGGAGUCACUCCAGACAAGAUCUCUAACAGCGCCCAGAGACGGAAAAAGCUUACUCAGGCUCAGGAUCCUCAGCAGCCGUUAUCAGGGAUCCCUCAGGCAGAAGACGAUCGCUCAAAGUCUGCCCCCACCUCCCCGUGUGAUCAGGACGUCAAGGAGCUGGAGAACAUCCGGAAGGCUCUGUCAUUUGACCACCGCGGAGAGGAGCACAAAACACACCCACUGUCUUCCUCCUCGUCUGUGGACACGGUAACGUGUGACACGCACACAGGAGGUGAUGGGAACAGCGUCGGAGAGGAAAGCGAAGAAAGUCAGGCGAAUGGCGAGGUCAAAGGUCACAGCGCUCCAGAGGCCAAGAGGAUGAACCUGCAUGACUUUGUGUUUAUCAAAGUUCUGGGGAAAGGAAGCUUUGGAAAGGUUAUGCUGGCGGAGAUGAAGGGCACAGACGAGGUUUAUGCCGUCAAAGUGCUGAAGAAAGACGUGAUCCUGCAGGACGACGACGUGGACUGCACCAUGACUGAGAAACGGAUCUUAGCAUUGGCCAGAAGACACCCCUACCUGACACAGCUCUUCUGCUGCUUCCAGACUAAAGACCGCUUGUUCUUCGUGAUGGAAUAUGUCAAUGGAGGAGACCUGAUGUUUCAGAUCCAGCGAUCGAGGAAGUUCGAUGAGGCACGAUCUCGUUUUUACGCCGCCGAGGUCACAUCUGCCCUGAUGUUCCUGCACCAACACGGAGUCAUUUACAGAGACUUGAAGCUGGACAAUAUUCUGUUGGAUGCUGAGGGUCACUGUAAGCUGGCAGACUUUGGGAUGUGCAAGGAGGGGAUUCUCAAUGGAGUCACCACCACCACCUUCUGUGGGACACCGGACUACAUAGCACCUGAGAUCCUCCAGGAGCUGGAUUAUGGUCCGUCAGUGGACUGGUGGGCACUAGGGGUGCUGAUGUACGAGAUGAUGGCAGGACAGCCACCAUUUGAGGCCGAUAACGAAGACGACCUGUUUGAGUCCAUCCUCCACGAUGACGUGCUCUAUCCGGUCUGGCUCAGCAAGGAGGCCGUGUCCAUUCUAAGAGCGUUUAUGACUAAGAGCCCUAACAAGCGUCUGGGCUGCGUGGUGGCUCAGGGUCUGGAGGAGGCCAUUAAACUCCACCCGUUCUUUAGAGAGAUUGACUGGAUGCUGCUGGAGCAGAGGAAGAUCAGACCACCGUUCAAACCUCGCAUCAAAACCAAAAGGGACGUCAAUAACUUUGACCAGGACUUCACCCGUGAGGAACCCGUUCUGACGCCUGUUGAAGACAGCAUCAUCAAGCAGAUCAACCAAGAUGAGUUCAAAGGAUUCUCCUACUUUGGCGACGAGACCGAAGCCUAGACACGUACAUGCCGAUGUGUAACAUUAACCACAAGCACCACACCACACCUGAAAAACUUUCAAAGACACAGUAUUUAAAGAAGCACGGCCUCCUGAACUAUUCCAGAUUCUGACCACUCCAGGAAAUAUACUAGACCAUUUGUAUUACUCAUUAUGGUUUCUGUGCUCUUGUCGUUUGUCCAUUUGUGCAUAUCCCAUGGACCUCAAGCAGCAUGCAAGUGCAGGUCAGUUACUGUAAGAAAUGACCCGAUGCUCCUUCGGCUGGUUCGGAUGUGUUGUAAAAGCAGGCGGAGCGGCGAGCAAAACCAAACUGAAGUAGAUACAAAGGCAAGGUCAUGUUCUCCGUGUGUGAGAGUGAGAGAGAAAUAAUAUCAUGUGUGUACAAGUGUGCAUGCAUGUGUUGUUGCACACCUCUUCUAGAGAGAGUUGUUUCUUUACAUGAUGUGCUGCGUCCUGUGUCUCAGUGUUUAAACGGUGUUUUUCUUCCCUACGUGUAUGUAAAUGAAAAAAAAAAAUCAUUGAACCAAUGAUUGUAUUUAAACACGAAAUAUCUUGAAAACUGUUUCAUUCGUUAUGGAAAGAAGUGUGGAAAGGAGGCGUGAGAAAUCAGAGAUUUUUCUGACGUUAAAAGUUUAGUCUCAGUAUUCAUCAGUGCAUUAUUACCUUAAAUAAUAACUCAAGAAGAGGCAUCACUGGAGUGACACUUUGGCAUUUUAAAUUUGAGUUUAGCUUUAUCUCAGCAGUUCUGCUGUGCUCCGUUACUAACUUUCUUUUAGCUUCUCAACAUCGACAUUCUAGUUCCUCGUUAAAAAAUACAAACAAAAACAAAUGGUACCACAAAUGGUACUACUGUAGCUUUCUACUGGGAGUGUCCAUUAUGGCGAUGAGGUUUGCUUACAGUGUUAACAAGCUGUUUUGCAUAUAACACGAUACUUGACACGGAGACACUUGUCUAGUAAAGCCAAAUAACAAGCUGAAUCGGAAACGUCCGGGGUGCCCUUUAAAAAGACGAUUCAUUUUAGCUGAAGUGCUUGUUACUGAUUCUCUCGAUGCACCUUGUGGAGCGAAAUCUUCCUGGGUCAGCUCCUUAAACACCUUUAUGACCAGUUUAUCCUUGAAAUGCCUUGUGUGUGCGCGUGUGUGUACAGUAACUGUGUUACCAGUGAAUGUACUGGACCUACUGUCUCUAACGUGACAAACCAAACCCCGUGAUUCCACAGGAAAGUCGAGGAUCGUACACAGAGGAGAAUGUGUUCAACUGAAUGUAUUUGCUCUGCAGUGUGUGUGUGUGUGUGUGUGUGUGUGUGUGUACAUACGUGGAGAGCCCGUUUUCUCUUGCCAUUGAGUUGUACUUUUAUUUUUAAUUUUUUUAUUUAAUACAUCUUUUUUGGUUGUUGUUGAGUAGUUUUUACUGGAUUGUCUUGUUCUUUUUGCGUUUUUAGAAAUCUUUAAAUUUCAUGUUGUAGAUUUCAGUGAGACUCACUUGAUCAGACCCUCCUCUUCCUCCCCUCUCUUGUACGGCCUAAACAUGGAAGUAAAAUAAGCUUCAAAUAAGGAAGAAAUUGGACCGAUUUUGCUCCAUGUUGCAGGUUGAUACCUUUAUAGCGAGCUGAAAAGAAUCCACAAAUGUUAAAGAAAACUCCAUGUGCAAUACUCUGAUAGGAGUUUUGUUUUUUUAUCUUUUUUGCUUUUUUCUUCCGUUGUUCCUGCGUUUGAAGAAAAGUGCAGUAGGUUCAGGUCACAGAGAAGUGACUAUUAUUCAUCACCUUCUCUCAGAAACCAUCAAAUGCACAAGUUUCUCUCACAUUCAUAUGUAAUUGCCAUGCAUUGAUGAAAGAUGUUUGCCAAAAAUAAAUAUUGUCAAGAGCAGCAAGUGCAGAAAGUAGCGUGAUAUUAUAAAAAAAAAAAAUGGCUACAGCUUGUAGCAGAUUUUUAAAAGACGUUGCUUUUCAUGUUUUCAUUUGUUUAUUAAAUUCCUUCCAGCAUGACAGCAGAACAAAGACACUUAUAAAAAAAAUAGUGAAUGCAACACAGAACAAGGUUUUAAAGUAGAUUAAAGCUUUGAAAUCUGCCUUCAGAUCCUAUAAAAAUGAUCAUUUAUGUAAACAUAUCAAUAAGUCACCCUGAGGGCAUAUUCAACAGAAGUGAUGACAGAUAAAGGCACUAAUAAAUGCACCAAAACCUAAAGUUUAAAGGGAGCCUAUUUAAUAGACUAAUACCUAAAGUGUAUGUGCUUUUUAAUUUCCUUUGUACUUUUUCAGAAAGAACUGUGUAAAUAAUGGUCACAAUUCCCAAAUAGCUAAGCAGGAAGUAGUCUCUGUACCGCUGAUGGGCUCAUGCACCGCUAGCUGGAGCAAAUCUAAACUCUCCUUGAUGCUCAGUCCCAAGUGCACGUUUCAUGUUGUGCUGCUAUGUGAGUAAAUGUGCAAACUUCAAAUUCAAUUUUAAGGAAAUGUGCAACAAUGAAGUGCUUGGAGGUCACAGGAGUUGGUAUUCUUAACCUGUCCCGUGCAGGUUGUGGACAUCAACACCUUUCUUAACUCGUCAUGGUGACCAUUUAGUUUGGUCAUUUGUAGUCUUAGUCAUGAUUCUUACAAAACAAAUAAAUGACUAAAUUAAGUGAACGGUGUGAAGGAUGCUGGGCUGUUACCUUAAAGCCUGUCUGACAGGGGCAGCCUCCACCCAUAUGUGUAACGCCCCGUCACGAAGAGGCAACAACAGCUCCAGUAGGAAAGUACCAACACGGUAGCUACAACGGAGACAACACCUCGGUUCUGUGCUGAGAAAUCCUUGGUUAUCUGGGGACAGAAGCAGUUGCAGGUAAUCUGUUAAAAUAUCUGGAACAUGUUAGAUCUUCUUGACAGAUCACGGGGCACACAGUCUCAGAGCAAGAAGGUCCCAGGUUCAAAUCCACCAUCUGGCCAUAGCUUUUCUGUGUGAAGUUUGCAUGUUCUUCCUGCAUCUGCAUGGGUUCUCUCCAUGUACUUCUUCCAACCAUCCAAAGACAUGCAGAUAGUAGGGGUUAGGUUAACUGGUGAUUCUAAAUUGGCCGUAGGUGUGGAUGUCUCCGUGUUAGCCCUGUCCAAAAUGUACCCCAGCUUUCAUCCCAAGGCAGCUGGGAUAGGCUCCAGCACGCCUUCACCCUGAAUUGGAUGGAUGGAUCAUGCUGACCAAAGACUUUGGUUUUGACCUUUUAGAGAAGGACAUAACUACUGCACUGGCACUGGUGAGUUGCAUUUAAUUUAGAACUCACAAAAUAAAUAAAAUAAAUAAGAGCUGAUUAUCAUGCUUUUGCAAUUGUUGAAACAAACAGAAAGAAAAUGCAGUUACAAUUAAAAUCCAAUUCAUCUCCGUGUUUUAGUGGCCUAACCUCGAGAUGUCACACUGAAAUUACAGGGAUAGACGAGUCUUUUUCAGACACGCCAUUCUCAGAUCUGAAGAUUUUGAGUGCUGUGUGUGAAAAAGCAUUAUGAUUGGAGCAAGACUGGUCCCGGUAAUACACCAGAGCCUGCUUACGUCCACUGAGCACAAUGCUUCCACCAGACAUGUAGCAGCACAGUUCAGAAGUAUCUCAGAAGCUACUUUUGGUCUCUUUAAGGUAGCACAGAGUAGAGGAAGAAGGCAGGGUGUCAGGGAUGUUAAUGGCAUAGAAUAACUGUUCAAUUUCCAAAUUGAUUCCCCAUCCAGACUAAAGCCUCUGCUUAUGAAGUGCUCGGACAUUUCAAGGGUGAUACUGCGUUUUUUGGACCGGUACCAGUGCCAGUCAGUCAAAGCUGGACAAACUGUGUGAUGACAGCAUUUUUAAAUGUCAUCAAACAUCUUUUAUGCUUUUUCUUUUUAUGGUGUAAAAGAAAGAAAUCUGACAACAUACAGCUGUGAUAGGCUAAUAUCAGCCAAAAGAUGACAACAUAGAACCUUUACUGCGAAAUUGGUUUCAAAUCGUGCUAAAAAGUUACAUAUGUGGUAAUUUGUGGGAGUUGUGAUCUAAUUUUAUUCACAUGCAGAUGACAUUUAAAUGAGUUGACUGUCCUCUUAUCAAUUAUGCCUAAUGAGCUUUCAUUAAAGUCCAAGAAUAGCACAACAAGCAGCACCAUUCAUGUAGCAGUAAAACCCAUGCUGUAGCAGCAGUUUGAAGAGCUGAAGAUGUGUUACUGUAAAUACAGCGGAUCUAUCGAUUAACAUUAUCCAACUUUUCUUCUUCUCUCGUGUCUCCUGUUGCAAGUUUGUUUAGUCUUUCAUUUGAAAAAAAAAGUCAAACUAUUUGUCCCACUACAACUAGAAAGGGACACCUAGUCCUCCGUGCUAAAUCUGUUUCCAACAAAAACGUCCUUCAUGUAGGAAACUCAUUUUCACUCGUUCUCAAAUGGAGGCGGUUGGAGAUAAAUGUAAAACACGGAGGCACGAUGUUGAUUUCAAACAGUGGAUACAGUAUUAUGAUGCAUACAGUGUCAAACAUUCAUCUUCCCGCAGAGUGUUACUGUAUGUUUAUGCGGUUUUUGUUGGUUUGUUCACAGUCCCUGUAUUUGUGAAGCUCUGUCUGUACAUUUUGUUCAUUGAUGAAUUAUUUCCAUGCCCUUCAUUUGUGUUCAUGUUGAUUUUUUUUUUUUGCCCUUUUGCGCUACGUGCCAAAUGUACUGUAUUUUAAAAGGAUGUGAAGGUGUAUUUUAAUUUUUUGAAAUGAAUUAAAUAUCAUGAUGUCAGAGAGAGACA